UGACUUCAGUCUAGUGUCAUCCUGGCUGCGUAACGCGACGCAUCGCGCAACCCGACCAACCCGCUCCCCACACUUGUCUUUUAUAAAUAUUUUUUCCCCCCUCUACUUUUCGCUCUCUCUCUCUCUCUCUCUCUCUCUCUCUCUCUCUCUCUCUCUCUCUCUCUCUCUCUCCUUCCGCGAUCUGUAAACCGGCGAGGAAUAAUGGACCGCCGGUGAAUCAUGGACCCUGGCCAAGAGCGACAGUAAACUGCAACCGCGAAAAGAUUUUCGCGCACGAGAUUAAUUAGGCGAGGGAUUCAGGCGUACCCGAGCCGAUUUCUGAUAGACGAAGAAAAAAAGAGGAAGAGAGAGAGAGAGAGAGAGAGAGAGAGAGAGGGAGAGAGAGAAAGAGACAUCGAGAGAGAGAGACAAUAAAAGAGCCGCAUCUUCUUACCGAGUCGCGCUGAACGCACGUGACUCUUGACGUUUCGCGUUGGCAAGGACGACCACGGCCACCAAACGUUCCGCCACGCGCUUCCCACCUUCACGUUCCCGUGUGAGCCCGUCGCGAUACUAUACUGACACCACCAUGUGGUCCAUAGAACCGGGCAGCUUCACCUCCAACGGGAGCAUGAUCGUCGUGAGCAACAGGUUGCCAUUUGUGCUUAAGAGGAACGAGAUAACCGGUCAGCUGGAGCGCAAAGCCAGCGCCGGUGGUCUGGUAACUGCGGUGGCGCCUGUUGUUAUAAACGGAAAUGGAGUGUGGGUCGGAUGGCCGGGUAUGCAUAUGGAAAACCCGAAUGAGCCAAUUCCCGAAUCAGAUCCCAACGAUCGCACGCCAACGGCUGGUCUAUUAUCGCGUAAGGUAGUAGCGGUUCACGUUGAUGCCGGCAUCUUUGACUCGUACUACAACGGAUGCUGCAAUGGAACCUUCUGGCCUCUCUUCCAUUCUAUGCCUGAUCGAGCGACCUUCAUCGCGGAACACUGGCGCGCGUAUUCCGCGGUCAACGAACAGUUCGCCGCGAAGACAGUUGGUGCACUGGAACAAAUUCAUAAGGAACAAGAGAACCAGCAGAACGGAACGCCAUUGGUAUGGGUCCAUGAUUAUCACUUGAUGUUAGCCGCUAAUUGGAUUAGACAGGCGGCCGAAGAGAAGGAUCUCAAGCUUAAAUUAGGUUUCUUCCUUCACAUACCCUUUCCUCCAUGGGAUAUCUUCAGGCUGUUCCCGUGGGCCGACGAAAUCCUGCAGGGUAUGCUGGGAUGCGACAUGGUGGGUUUCCACAUACAGGAUUAUUGCCUGAACUUCGUCGAUUGCUGCCAGAGGUGUCUCGGUUGCAGAGUGGAUCGUAAGAACCUACUGGUUGAACAUGGUGGUAGAACGGUGCGGGUAAGACCGCUGCCUAUCGGUAUACCAUUCGAUAGGUUCGUUUCAUUGGCAGAGACCGCAACAAAAGUCAUGCAGUCGAAUCAGAAGAUCGUCCUCGGCGUCGAUCGACUCGAUUACACGAAGGGCCUGGUUCACAGAUUAAAGGCCUUCGAGAUGCUGUUAGAGAAACAUCCCGAGCAUCGCGAACAGGUGACGAUGCUUCAAAUCGCAGUACCCUCACGCACGGACGUCCGCGAGUAUCAGGAUUUGAAGCUCGAGAUGGAUCAACUGAUCGGCUGCAUAAACGGUCGCUUCACAACACCCAAUUGGUCGCCCAUACGUUACAUUUACGGCUGCGUGAGUCAGGACGAGCUAGCGGCGUUCUACAGGGAUGCCGCCGUCGCUCUCGUCACACCACUCCGGGACGGUAUGAAUUUAGUCGCCAAGGAAUUCGUUGCCUGUCAAAUCAAUACACCGCCAGGUGUGCUGAUAGUGUCGCCUUUCGCUGGAGCCGGCGAAAUGAUGCAUGAAGCUUUGAUUUGCAAUCCUUAUGAGAUCGACGAGGCCGCGGAGGUGAUUCACAGGGCGCUCACCAUGCCCGAAGACGAACGCACAUUAAGAAUGAAUCACUUACGUCGGCGUGAGAGGAUAUAUGAUGUUAACUACUGGAUGAAGUCCUUCCUUCAGGUCAUGGGAUCUCUCGAGGAGCACGACUCCGUGGGCGCUACUACAAUGCAGCCCGUGACUAUGGAUGAUUUCGACGAUUAUUUGAGCAAGUACAUCGGAGAUAAUCAUAAAUUGGCGCUUUUGUUGGAUUACGACGGUACGUUGGCGCCCAUCGCCACGCAUCCCGACCUGGCGAUCUUGCCGCUCGAAACGAAGAACGUCUUGCAAAGGUUGUCGAAUAUGUCAGAUGUUUACAUCGCGAUUAUAUCAGGCAGAAACGUGAUCAAUGUAAAAUCGAUGGUCGGAAUAGAGGGUAUCACGUAUGCCGGCAAUCAUGGACUGGAGAUUCUGCAUCCGGACGGCAGCAAGUUCGUCCAUCCAAUGCCUGCCGAAUUAGAGGAUAAGGUGGCCAGUUUGAUGCAAACGCUUCAGGAACAGCUCUGCAGGGACGGUGCUUGGGUCGAAAAUAAAGGUGCGCUUCUCACGUUUCAUUAUCGUGAAACUCCGAUGGAGAGUCGUCCCAGGAUGGUCGAUCAGGCUAAACGACUUAUCGAGGGUGCUGGAUUCAAGGCCUGUACAGCUCAUUGCGCCAUCGAGGCGAAACCACCGGUCGAAUGGAACAAAGGACGUGCUUCUAUUUACAUCCUGCGCACGGCAUUUGGUCUAGAUUGGAGCGAGCGUAUUAGAAUUAUAUACGCCGGCGAUGAUGUUACGGACGAGGACGCGAUGAAGGCAUUGAAAGGUAUGGCGGCUACUUUCCGCGUGGCAUCAUCGCACAUCAUUCGCACGUCCGCGGAGAGACGUUUGCCCAGUACGGAUUCGGUUCUGACGAUGUUGAAGUGGGUCGAGAGGCAUCUCAGCAGGCGCAAGCCUCGCAACAGCAUCGACAUCCCGGGCAUCCCAUCACGAUUUCGACGCGGCAGUGGUGGUAUUACGAUGGAGAUGUCUUAUACCCCGCCAAAAACACCUCUCGAAUCAUAGGUGAUGCUCAAAUGUUCUCUGUUAGCAUAUCAGGUAUAUGUGGAGUGAUAUAUAUCUAUCAUAGGAUUAUAAUGUACUCGUAGCGUAAAGUCAGCCAACAUAGAGGAGCAAGAGAUAACAAAGAAAUCACAGCUGAAAGCUGAAAAGAAAUUAACGAGGCCCAUGCCUAAACUUCAUGUUGAGUAUAGGUGUUAAAGAGACUCGCGAUCAAAAAAUCCAAAGAAACGAAAUGAUUCUUCUUAAUUGAGAAGUGUAAUAAUAAUAUAUUAUAUUAUCAAUAGAGUCGUUAAUGCGGAGUUUAAGAAGUACGAAGAAUCAAAUCGUUACGUUGACUCUCUAGCUUUGUCGAUGUAUUUUCUGAUCGGUUAGACCUUAGUCCGAGAAAAAUAUUGAACUCGUGUACGAAGUACAUUACGAUGUUUUCCAUGCAACUGAAACUUCUAUUUUGGCUCUGUACAACAGAAAGAUAUAUAUAUUAUAUAUCUAUAUUUUCGAUGUACGUAAUUUUACCGAAUUUAUAAUUGUAUCAUAUGAAACACGAUACAUACUAGUUUCUCCACGAAGAUAUAGCAUUUAAAUACUUAGUUUUUAGAUUCGCGUCGCUCAGUAAAAAGAUAAACAUUCGUCAGAUAACACUGAAUCCCGCAUACUAUCUUUAUUAGUUGCGUUUUAUCUCGUUAACGAUUUCUAUCGGUAGAAUAGCAAUGACGAAAGAAUACUUCUUAAGAUAAUACUUACGAAGUAUGUUUUUCUUUACAAAUGUUUUAAUUAAUUUAUUUGUUUUUUCUUCCUCUUUCUCCUCCUUAUUUUAUCAAUAAUGUUCCGAAUACACACAUAUUACAAGUAUUAAAAAUAUUAAUCAUUAAAUUUUUGGAUAAACAUGACACUAAGGAUUUUUUAUUGGAUUCUAUAAUUUCUCUGAGAAAAAUAAACGCAUCGCGGGUGCAAGUUAUCUCUGAUAUUAAAACUAGGUUCUUUAACAGAGCAAUUGGAAUCAUUCUCAUGUCUAAGAAUAGAAAUUUAAUUCACAAUAUUAUAGACUGUCUACUUAUUAUACAAUUAUACAAUCCCGUAACAAGUUAUCCAAAACCGGAGUGCCAAUUUCUUUUUCGUGUCAUACAAUUUACAAUAAAAAUGUCAUUGUCAUAUAAUUACAAUGAAACCUUAACGCACUUUCAGAAAUAAGAAUUAUGUUAAUCUAUAGCGAACGCGUAAAUUGUGGAAACGUAUGAUUUCGUGCGAGAGAGCAAAAAAAAGCAAAAUCUAAAAAAAA